AGGAAAUUAAUUCCGAGACAUAAAACAGAGCUAUAAGGAAUAUAACAUUAAAUUCCAGUGAGUUGGAGAAACACUCAAAUAUAAGCAUGGGGAAGCUAUAACAGAAAUUGAGAUAUCUUUAUUUUCUUUUUUAACUGGGGAAUCCAUAAAAGAGAAGUAGGAGGUGGGACAAGGAUAAAAGAGAACAGAGUUAGGACAGAGGCUAGGAGUUCCACAAAUACGGCAUCGCAUCUCAGAAAAAAUAAAAAAGAAAAAAAUGUAAAAUCAGAAAAAAAGAAAAGAAUAAAUACGUUGGUUGUGUCUACUGUGUUGUUGGUCAGUACUUUUCAGGGAGUUUCUGAGAGACCCAUUUGACGGAAAAAGAAAGCACUAAUUAUCAGAGAUAGAGAUAGAUAAAGAUAGUUGAAUAAAAAAAAUGGGUUCUUCUUCAGGUCAGAGCAGUAGCUACGAUCUGUCAUUCAAGAUCUUAUUGAUCGGUGAUUCUGGUGUUGGCAAAAGCAGUCUUCUCGUUAGUUUCAUCUCUAACACCGUCGAUAAUCUAGCUCCAACUAUUGGUGUGGAUUUUAAGAUCAAGCAACUCUCAGUAGGUGAGAAGAGAUUGAAGCUGACGAUUUGGGACACUGCUGGACAGGAAAGAUUCAGAACAUUAACAAGCUCUUACUACAGAGGUGCCCAAGGGAUCAUUCUAGUUUAUGAUGUAACAAGGAGAGACACGUUUACAAAUUUAUCAGAUGUAUGGGCUAAAGAAGUGGAACUGUACUCGACUAAUCAGGACUGCGUCAAAAUACUUGUUGGCAACAAAGUUGACAGAGAUUCUGAAAGGGCUGUAACUAGAGAAGAGGGAAUUGCUCUAGCUAAAGAGCUUGGAUCCUUAUUUCUUGAAUGUAGUGCAAAAACCAGGGAAAAUGUGGAGCAAUGUUUUGAAGAGCUUGCCUUAAAGAUAAUGGAAGUUCCCAGUCUUUUAGAAGAAGGUUCAACUGCUGUAAAAAGAAACAUUAUAAAGCAAAAACAAGAAUUUCAAGCACCUCCAGGCGGUGGUUGUUGCUCGUAAAAGAUGUUGCAUUUGAGCUGUUGGAUAUGAAAGCUUGACUCAUAUCAAAAACAGAUCAUGUAUAUGUAAUUUUUUUUUAUUUUUUUUUUAUUCUUUGUUUAAAUUUUAUUUUCUUCCUUCGGUUGCUAUUUUAUUAUCAUCACUUGUUCACUUGUACUUACUAUGGGGAAAUUGGCACUCAAAACGACAUCUGCUAGCUUUGUGUAAAUCUGGUUGCCUCUUGUUUUUCACCCACGCUGUGAAACGCUGUGAAACAUACGUGAGCUUUCUACUUCA